AUGAUAUACAUUUCAAGUUUUGAAGCUCUUUACUCCAUUUGGGAUGUUACAACUGAACCGAUGGUUCAUUCCUACAAAGCGGCGUUUGUCGUUUUCCGAAAUUUCAAAAAUUCGGACUUUGAUCGCGAGCAGAGCUUCAUCCUCAUUGUCAUCUACUGUGGAUGUUUUGGAUUUUCUCUAGCCAUCUUUGGUGUUCACUUCAUCUACCGCUACGGUGCAGUUGUGAAAGAAUUCAGAGAUCGAUGGUUGGGAGGAAACAAAAUCUACAUUCUUUUUUUCAUGCCAAUCUUCUAUGGGACCUGGUGGUCCAUCCUUUGUUAUCUCUAUUUUCACUUCGACGCCUCUACCGAUGAUUAUAUGAGACGAACAAUCUUUGAUGGAUACGAUACUGCAAUUGAAGACACCUCCUAUAUAAUUGUUCUUUUCCAUCCAGUUGAUUCCAAUGGGAAUACCUACCCGGAUGUCGCUGUUUUUGCUUCAAUUGCUUGCAUGUGGUUCAUGAUUCUCAGUUCGGUCUUCUGUGUCUUCUUUUUCGGGCUAAAAUGCUACUUCCGCAUCACCGAAGCUCUCUCAAAAACUUGUACGGUAUCUAGUGUCACAAAGAGUCUCCAGCAACAACUUUUCCAAGCUCUUGUGGUCCAGACGGUAAUUCCUCUCAUCCUUAUGUACAUUCCAAUUGCGAUCCUCUUCACUUUCCCAAUGAUCGCAGUUGACAUUGGAUUCGCAAGCAGCUUCAUAGCUAUGACAAUUGCUGUUUACCCAGCAAUCGACCCACUUCCCAACAUGUUUAUUAUCAAAAACUAUCGAAAAGCUGUUUUUGCCUUCUUCGCAGCCAUCUUCCGCAAUCCAUGUUCUUCUCUUCGUCGUGCACAGUGCACCCAGGUGGAAUUAGUCUCAAGAAGCGGAACAGAUGUCAAUAUUGGAAUUCUGUGA